CAUCACGGAAGUCAGUGACGUCACAUGAGCUCGUGAGCGACACGGAGGCGUGGACAAUAAACGUAUUUUUUGGCGGACAACCCAGCUGCAAAUGCCACAGAGUGCUUUCAAAGCGCGCUGAAAUCUUUUGAAUUGGUAAACACAUCGCAACUCUCGAAAGUCCAAUGCGAGGUUUAGCAUGGCGCUCAUCUGCACAAACAGACAAUAUCAUCACCUGCCCGGCUAACCGGCCUACUAAAACAUUCGGAUGAACACUGACUGGCAAGCAUGCAGUUACAUUUACUCUUUUUUAGUCUGAAUUUGUGCCAGCAUAAGCAAAGCGAAACUAUAACCGCUAUUUCUUUACAGCUAACGCUGUUUGUUACACUGUUACAUUGCACUUGCCAAUGCAUAUUUAAUAUUGUGUUUGUUUACUGCUAGAGAAGUGACGCUUUUCAAACACCAACAAAAUCAGUGCAACUGAAUACAGCUUUUGUCAACAACAAAAAAAUCCCUUUUAGGAAUAAGCUGUAGGUACCGCCUGAGCACCUCACAGAAGCACAAAAUGAACGGAAAAGUCCUACCGGACACUCCCAUAGCCGUAGACUGUUGGCAGCUCCGUAAGUGCCAUCACGUCCGUCUGUUCUUUCUGUCUCACAUGCACGCGGAUCACACCUCUGGCCUCUCAUCCACCUGGAGUCACAGGCCCAUCUACUGCUCUCCUCUCACUGCCAAACUGCUCCAGCUCAAGGUGAAGGUCAAAGAGAAGUGGAUCCGUCCCUUGGAGAUUGGGGAAGCCCACAUGCUGAUGCUAGAUGAUCUUGGAAAAGAGCGGCUGACCGUUACUCUAAUAGAUGCCAAUCACUGUCCUGGGGCAGUUAUGUUUCUCUUCGAGGGAUACUUUGGCACCAGACUCUACACUGGUGACUUCCGUUAUACCCCAUCCAUGCUCCGUGAGCAGUGUCUGAGGAACAACACUACCAUUGAUGUGCUGUAUCUGGACAACACAAACUGUGACCCCACUCGAGCUGUACCUUCUCGUCAGCGAGCCACUCAGCAAAUUAAAGAAAUCAUUAGGGCUCAUUCUGGAUACGCUGUCGUUAUUGGUCUUUACUCUCUGGGUAAAGAGUCUCUGCUGGUGGAGCUGGCUAUGGAGUUUAAAACAUGGGUGGAGGUGGAUAGGGAGCGUCUGGAAACCUUGCGAGUCCUGGAGCUCCCUGACGUUUUCACCACUGACUCUGGUGCGGGCCGUAUUCGCGUGGUCUCUCAGUCUGUGAUCAAUGCCUCCAACUUGCAGGCGUGGAAUAAAGUGCAGCCUACCAUCGCUAUAUUGCCCACCAGCCGCCCUAUGGUCUCCUGCCACCGUAAUGUCUAUGUGGUGCCAUACUCGGAUCAUUCCUCCUACCAGGAGCUAGAGGACUUUGUGUCUGCCCUGCGUCCUGUCUCACUAGUGCCUAUUGUGGGCAACUGCCUGCCUUAUUUUUCUUCCCUUCUGAGCCCCCGCAAGAAGUCUAAAGAGGUGGUGAUUCCAGAAUCGGUCAAGCACUACAUGAUGACCAAUUCUAAUAAUCAGGCCUCCACAAACGGCAUAACAGGCGUGCUUCAAAGAACCUCACGUUCAGAGUCUCGAGGGGUGGUGUUUGACUCUCCGGAGCCAAAAAUAACCCAACUUAAUCACAACGACAGGGAUUCGGAUGAUGCAGAGGGAGAUCAUGAUACUAUGGAUGGGAAUUCUGAGAUGGAUCAAGAUUCUGACUGCGUUCUUCUAGACAUGAGCACCAACUCUUACCACGGCCCAUGCGGCAAGCGUUUGAAACUCGUCCGAGUUGCUUCGGAAGAUGUUGUCACUAUUGGCAGCAGCCUUCCUCCUGAUGACAAUGAAUCCAUUAGUACACUUAAAGAUGUAGGAUCACCUGAUCGCAGCUCCAUGUACGAAUGCGAGCAUGAAAGUCCAACAAAAUCAUCCAAGGAGAAGAGUCCUCAAAUGGGCAGCACCAACUCUAGAGUGAUGUGCUCUUCAAUGGACAGCAUCAGUAUCCAUGAUCAGACCUGUGUUACCACUCCGGCUGCGCUCACACCCCCUGAAACAAGAUCAGUGACCUCUGCCUUGACCCUCGUAUUAGAGCGAGAGCAGUGGCUCCUUCAGAACUUCACCAUACCUGCUGAAGAAUGCAAAAGUGACCAGGUGUUGUGUGGACUUCAUGAAAAGUAUCGCAUUAAUCAAGUUGAUCUUCCUAAACCACCAGGUGAUCCUCUUGAAGCGGCUAUAAAGAGAUUUAAAUCUAAUUAAAGCAGUUUGUGAUUCAGAUCACAUUUAUGUUUAUGUAAAUGUUUAAUUAUUAUGUAUCAGUGCUGUGCCAAUAACUAAUUCUUCUAUACAUUGUAUCCAUUUGAUGGUAUUAUUUUCACCACAGGAAUACUGAGGUUCUAAUGUUUGAAAUACAAUGUCAUCAUACCUUUGUGUUCAAAUGUAGCAUUACAAAGCACCUUAUUGUGUUGUUUUUAUAUGAAAAAAAGAAAAUAAUGUUCUUAUUAAAAGUGUUCCUUGUCAAAAUUGGCUUGAUUACAAAUCAUCUCUUUUGCUUAUGAUAAAUCUUUUACUUAAAGCAUAUGAUUUCAUGUGUCGAAUAUUGAAGAAGCAUCCAAUUUUAACUUUUAUUUAACGUGAGAGAUGUUUGGCAGCCUCAAACAGAUUGGUGCGCGAUAGAAAAUGUGCAUGUUGUGACGUGUGUGACAGAUCAAGGAUUUUUAGAUUAUUAAUUCUUGGUGGUAUGUUUUAAUUAGCAUAAACUUCUUUGGCGUAAAGAGAAUACUUUGAAUUAUAAAGGGAAGAACCUGUGACUGUAUUAGCUGCUCAAAGCACUAAACAUUAAUUGAGAAAAUGCCCUUGAGUAAUACUUUGAUUAAUCUGUCACUUAAUUUCUUACUGAAUGUUUUCUUACGGGCAGUGGUUCUCAAAGUGUGGGGGAGACAGUGAAGCUUGUGUGCAGUGUAUUCUCUUUUGUUUUAUGUGUUUUGGGGCAUGCUGAAUUCUCUGAAAGCAAACAAAGAUGUCCCUGCAUUUCAUUAAUGUGGCAGGAUAGAUCUUAAAGGGUAGUUCACCCAAAAAUGAAAAUAAUGUCAUUUAUUAUACUCAUCCUCAUGCCGUUCCACACC